CCAGUCCGGGUCCCACCUGCAGCGACAGACGACCCCACCGCCGCUGAGAAGUAGUAACCGCCAAAACCACUCCAAGAUCCCUUGACGCACUCUCCCCGGGCGGUCAACAAAUUGGAGAACCGCCAACAGCCGCCACGUGUCCCACCGCGGCGAGGAACCGCGGCAAUGGAUCGCCCCUCCGUCCCCGGCGACGGCGUUCACCCCGACGCGCCCGCCGGCGACACCGUCCUCGCGGUCCAUGAUGACGGCGCGGGCCACUACGACUCGCUGGACUCGGCCGCGCCGGCGGCGCCGCGGGACGCCGCCGGGCGGGAGGUCCGGUACCGGGGGUGGAAGACGAUGCCGUUCGUGAUCGGCAACGAGACGUUCGAGAAGCUGGGCAGCAUCGGCACGGCGGCGAACCUGAUGGUGUACCUCACCUCCGUCUUCCACAUGACCAGCGUCCGCGCCGCCGUCGCGCUCAACGCCUUCAGCGGCACCACCAACCUCGCCACCGUCUUCGGCGCCUUCGCCUCCGACCUCUACCUCGGCCGCUACGCCACCGUGUGCGUCGGCUGCGUCGCCACGCUCAUCGGCAUGAUCAUCCUCACGCUGACGGCCGGUGUGCCGGCGCUGCACCCGCCGCCGUGCGCCGCCGGCGCGGACGGGCAUUGCGCGGGCGCGACGAGGGGGCAGUUCGCCGUGCUGGUGCUGUCGUUCCUGUUCAUCGUGGUGGGCGCGGGCGGCAUCCGGCCGUGCAGCCUGCCGUUCGGCGCCGACCAGUUCAACCCGCACACCGAGUCCGGCCGCCGCGGCAUCAACAGCUUCUUCAACUGGUACUACUUCACCCUGACCAUCGCCGUCUGCGGCUCGUCGACGGCGAUCAUCUACGUGCAGAGCAACGUGAGCUGGUGGAUCGGCUUCGCCAUCCCCGCCGCGCUCAUGCUCGUCUCCUGCGCGCUCUUCUUCGCCGGCGCGGGGCUGUACGUGCGCGUCCGCCCCGAGGGGGUGCCCCUCGCCGGCGUCCUCCGCGUCACCGUCGCGGCGUUCCGCAAGCGGCGCGCCCCGGCGCUGGCGAACCCCGCCGCGUCCCUCUUCCGGACGCGCCACGCGAGCACACUCGUGUCGAGGCUCCCCUACACCGACCAGUUCCGGUUCCUCGACAAGGCCGCCGUGGUGGAGUCCAAGGGCGAGGUCGACGGCUCCGGCGGCGCCGCCAGGGACCCAUGGCGGCUGUGCAGCCUGCAGCAGGUGGAGGAGGCCAAGUGCGUCCUCCGCAUCCUGCCCGUCUGGGGCACCUGCAUCGUCUACUACGUCGCGUUCGCGCAGACCAACACCUACGUCAUCCUGCAGGCGGCGCAGUCGGACCGGCGCGUCGGCGGCGCCCGGGGCUUCGAGGUGCCGCCGGCGUCGUUCACCGUCUUCCCCAUGGUGGCUCUCACCGUGUGGAUCCCCUUGUACGACCGCCUCCUGCUGCCGUGGCUGCGCAGGCUCACCGGCCGCGAGGAGGGCAUCACGCUGCUCCAGCGCAUGGGCGUGGGCAUGGUGCUCUCCGUCGUGGCCAUGCUCAUCUCCGGCAUGGCGGAGCAGCGCCGGCGCGAGCUCGCGGAGCUGCACGCCGCCGCGAGCGGCGGGUCCAUGGCGGAGAGCCGCGUGUCCCCCAUGUCGGCGUUCUGGCUGGUGCCGCAGCUGGCGGCGCUGGGCCUGUCGGAGGCGUUCAACCAGGUGAGCCAGAUGGAGUUCUACUACAAGCAGUUCCCGGAGAACAUGCGCAGCGUCGCCGGCUCGCUCCUCUUCAGCGGCCUGGCGCUGUCCAGCUACCUCAGCGGGCUGCUGGUCACCAUCGUGCACCGCACGACGGCCGGCUCCGCCGACGGCGACGACGGCUGGCUCGCCGAGGACCUCAACAGGGGGAAGCUCGACUGCUUCUACUUCGUCAUCGGCUUCGUCGGCGCGGUCAACUUCUUCGUGUUCCUUGCGUGCGCCAAAUGGUACAGGUACAAGGGCAUGGAGGAGGAGGAGGAGGAGCAUGGUGAACAAGAUGCACAUGGGAAUGUGAUUGAUCAAUGGCAGCCAAGAUCAGUGGUUGGAGAUCAACCUGCUAAUUAGGAGAUCAGCCUGCUGCUAUCUUUUCCUCUCUCUCUCUCUAGUAGUGGCCUGGCAGCACAUACUCCAGCAGACAGUAGAGAUAGAUGGUCUGAUGAGACCUGAUCAAUAAACUUGUACAUUUUCUUUAGAAUUUUAGAUUGUGGUAGCAUUGGAGAUUAGUAGGUCAUAAUCAGAUGACUAUUGCAACG